UCUGACAAAACACAGUUGAAAGCUGCUUUUACAAACCCACUCUUGCUUGGCUUUUGUUUUUGAAUUUGUUUGAUAUCUCAUCUCACCUACGAAAGAAGCAUCAAUUUCAUUUUCUGAGAAAUUUCACGAUGAACGAAUUACCGUUCCGCCACGUCGCCAUUGUCGUCUUUGGAGCAUCCGGCGAUCUUGCCAAGAAAAUGACCUACCCGGCCUUGUUUUCUCUCAUGGCCAAUAACAUGCUCCCAAAGGAUCGUACACAUUUCAUUGGCGCUGCAAGGUCAAAGUAUAAAAUGGAGGACUUUCAUAAAAAGAUUUCAUCUGGAAUUAAGCAGAGCUCUGACCAACAGGUCCUCUCCAAGUUCUUGGAGAAAUGUCCCUAUAUCUCCCUCUCGGCUUAUGACGAUGGACCCUCUUACCAGCGUCUCGAUUCAGAGAUUGCAAAGCUUGAAUCCCAGUCAACUGGGAGCGGCAAGAAUCUGCGAGUUUACUAUAUUGCGCUUCCCCCUUCAGUCUUUGGGGAUGUUUCUGAAAACUUGCGCAAAUAUGCCUGGCAUAAGGAAGGUAUCAAUCGAAUCAUUGUAGAGAAGCCUUAUGGAAAGGAUUAUCAAAGUGCCAAGGUGCUCUCCAACAAAUUGGCAAGCUUGUUCACAGAAGAGGAGGUUUUCCGGAUAGAUCACUAUCUUGGCAAAGACAGCGUGAAAAGCGUUUUACCGCUACGAUUCGGUGCCAACCCGUUUCUUUCCUCUACCUGGUCCCGCGAGCACGUUCAAUAUGUGACAGUAAACUUUAAAGAAGCAUUUGGUGCUGAAGGUCGCGGGGGUUACUUUGACGAGUUUGGAAUUAUCCGCGAUGUCAUGCAGAAUCAUUUGAUGCAGUGGAUUAUAUUGGCGGGGAUGGAAAGACCAAAUAGCUUGAGCGUCAAAGAUAUUCACCAAGCCAAACUCAAAUUCAUUAACGAUUGUCGGCCCGUCCGCCCGUCGGAUGUGAUUAUCGGCCAAUACACCGCUUCUUCAAAGGAUCCCAAUAAAAAGGCCUACAAGGACGAUGAAACGGUCAAAAAGGAUUCAAAAGCAUCGACGUUUGCCACGGCAGUCUUAUAUAUUGAUAACGACAGGUGGAGGGAUGUCCCCUUCGUGAUCCGUUGCGGGAAAGCGCUGGAUGAGACUCGUGCCGAACUCACUCUACACUACAAAACCCCACCGGAUUCUCUGUUUCCUAGCGAGUCUGGACGCACUGGAACAACGUUUACCAUUCGAGAUCAUCCAGAGAAAUCUCACGUUCUUACUGCCACAACUAAGAAACCAGGACGAGGAUUCACAGUUCUGAAUGCUCCUUUAUCGAUUGACUUUAGCAAUCCAAAAUAUACCGAUUCGUACGUCCCAACCGCUUACGAGGUUCUUAUUUACGAUGCUGUUCGAGGCGAUCAUACCUGGUUUGUUCCUCGCGAGGAAGCAGAGGAGGCGUGGCGGGUAUGGGACGAUGCGAUCAAAAAUAGUGAGAGCCGCAAUCCUCUCAAAUAUGAGUAUGGGAGUGAGGGGCCGAAAGAGGAGAAAGAUUUGUUGAAACAGUUGGGAGUUGAGUUUGAGACCGGUGAAGGACGUACUGUAGACGUAGCAAAAGUUAUCGGAGACGGCGGAAGAGUUCAGACCUUUGCAAAGGAGCCGUAGCGCUCCAUGUGAUCGGCGGCACAUUGUACAUACAUUCCUUUGUUUUCAUUGCUAUCAAUAGGAUCUUGCCAAUGGAUA